AUGGCGCCUCUCACGACCACCUUAACGAAGAUCCUGGGAUGCGAGCAUCCUAUCAUGCUCGCUGGAAUGGACCAGGUAGCUGGACCUAAACUGGCUGCAGCUGUCACCGCAGCUGGAGGCUUCGGCACGGUCGGAGGAGCUCGCUAUACGCCCAAGAUGCUGAGAGAAAUGCUCAUCGAGCUCAAGGAGGAAUUGAAAGCCAGGAACUGCGAGAACGCUCCUUUCGGCGUGGAUCUCUUGCUACCACAAGUCGGCGGUAGUGCUCGAAAGACCAACUACGACUAUACACAUGGCACUCUGGGAGAACUUAUCGACAUCGUGAUUGAGUUCGGGGCCACUGUCUUCGUCUCUGCAGUGGGUGUACCGGAACCUUGGGUCAUUGAGAAACUUCACAAAGCCAAUGUCCUG